ACAUCAACUCUCACAUUCAUAAACCCCGCCCAACACGGCUACCACGCACGGCAACCGUCAAAAUUUGGUGAAUAUGGUUUCAUCUACACUACUGAAAUUCAUGUACCCGCCGCCGUCGAAUCUAUUUGUGAUAGCGAUGUCUGCGAUAAUUAUAGUGUUGAUGGGGAAUGGAGGAAUCAUGGAAUUGAAAGGGAAGCACAUGCAGUAUUCGAAACUAUGGAAUUUUGGUGCUGAUCAGAAAAUUCCUACUGAUAAAAAGGCCAAAAUCUCCAGUAAAUCUGGCAUGAUUUUAUUUUAUACUCCUGCAUUUCUUGUCGGAGUUGGCUCCUUUUUCCUGGUGCCGGUUGGGGAUUUUAGGUUUGAUUUGCUACGUUCGGCCAUCACGGUUCAUUUCUUCAAGAGGAUCUUCGAGGUACUGUUUGUUCACAAAUAUAGUGGGUUCAUGGAAACUGAUACUGGAAUUGCAAUCUCUAUCAGCUACUUCGGCUGCGCAGCCACCAUGAUUUACUCUCAUUAUCUAACCCUAGGAUUUCCAAAACCCCAAACUGACCUCAAGUAUGUUGGAGCCUUAUUGUUCUUAGUGGGAAUUAGUGGCAAUUUCUACCACCAUUACCUUCUCUCCAAAUUGAGAACAAAGGGAGACAAAAAGUACAAAAUACCCCAAGGUGGCCUCUUUAGUUUGGUAAUAUGUCCACAUUAUCUUUGCGAGAUCAUUGGGUUUAUAGGGAUUUCAUGCAUUUCCCAAACACUAUAUCUAUUUUGCUUUACAGUGGGCUCUGCAUUCUAUUUGACGGGAAGGAGUUGUGCCACUGCCACUAGAAAAUGGUACCAGUCUAAAUUUGAAGAUUUCCCCACACAUGUAAAGGCAUUGAUUCCUUACCUAUUAUAAAUAGCUUUGGUGAUGGAUCAUCAAAAGUUGGGAGAAUAUUAUCAUUGGAAAUUAUGUUUUAAUAUUUGAUAAGAUCUAGGAAUCUUAGUAGAUUACUAGGAUUCUUGGUGUAAUUGAAUUAAUAGUUCUAGUGUGGUUGUGUUUGCUUGGUUGAGAUGUAAUAUUACUAUAAUUGUAUCAGAUUGAAGUUGGAUGUUUGUUUGGUUGAGAUGUAAUAUUACUAUAAUUAUAUUUGGAUUUUUGCUUGGUUAAGAUACUAUAAUUGUAUCA